GACAUGGAGGGGACAGUAUUCCGUGCUGCCCCUGGCCGAUUGAUUUACGUCUCAUUGACGCUUUAUCAGUCACACGAAACAACGCCGACCAAUCAUUUCGCUGGGAGCUCACAACACAGCAGCCCAGCUGUACUUUGUUGGCUCCUAAGUUGAGAAAGGCUGGUGUACAAAUCUAGUAAGUGUCCUAUAUAUUUUUUCCCCCUUCUAUGAAGCGUGCUUUGUAUGAUGUCUGAGAAUGUCCAUUUCUGGAGCUCUUAGCAAUUACUAUGUUGAUUCAAUCAUAAGUCACGAAAGCGAAGAUGCGACCUCAGCCAAAUUCUCCAGUGGACAGUAUGCGAGCGCCAGACCCCCGGGACUUCCUGAACAUCUAGAGUUUCCUUCGUGUAGUUUUCAGCCGAAACCUCCGGUUUUUAGCUCGUCUUGGAAUCCUUUUAAUCAGCAUUCGUCGACCGGUUUGUCUGCCGUCUACCAUCCAUACCUCCCGUCUCAGAAUGUCCCGUCUCCGGACAGCAGGUACCUACGGACUUGGCUCGAUACAGUCCCAAGAACAGACCCUCUGCCCGGGCAGGGGCAGAUCAAAGUAGAGCCGCUGCUUGGACACCUCGGAGAGACCCAGAAAAUCGGAGGACAGGAGUACAGUUUGGAGUCUUCCACUGGAAGGGAGGUUAAUUCCAAUCAAGGCCCCGGCUUCGAUGACAAUAAGGAUAUUUGCGAGGGUAGCGAAGACAAAGACAAAGCAGAUCAAAGCGACCCUUCGGCCAACUGGCUACACGCCCGCUCCUCCCGGAAGAAAAGGUGCCCUUAUUCCAAGUUUCAGACCCUGGAACUGGAGAAGGAGUUUUUAUUCAACAUGUACCUCACCCGGGACCGGCGACACGAAGUGGCCAGGCAGCUGAACUUGACGGAAAGACAGGUCAAAAUCUGGUUCCAGAACCGGAGGAUGAAAAUGAAGAAAAUUAACAAGCAACACCCUAAAGAGUAGGACGAGAAAGGACGGAACCGCCCAAUGGAUCGAUACAGCAGCUGUCAUUAUUUGCGACAGUUAUUUUUUUUUUCUGUUACCCCUUCCCCAUACAAAAUGUAAUACAAAUGUGUUCUAUUUAGAUAUACAUAUUUCUGUAGUUUUCCUAUGAGACACUCAAAACAAAAUAUAUAUCUUUAAGAUAAUGCUACAGAUUUUUUUUAGUACACUGGCAUUCCAUUGUUUUUGUAUCGUUUUAUUUUAUUAUUGUGAAAUGGCUGUUACAAAUAAUGCUGGCCAUCUUCUUAUAACAUACAGAGAGUGAAUAAAAAGCGCUCCCGAUACAGAGCACAAUUAGAGUAGCUAGGACAUUUACAUCUUAAGAGAGAAUGGUUAGAUCAUUUAAAUAACACGUUAAAGAUAGUCUUACUACUAUUUACUAUAGUUACUUGUGUAGAAACAAGAAUCCGAUUAAAAUGGCCACGUUUGCACGGUUAUAGUCUUUGAAAAAUUGUAUUUGUUUGGGCUAAAUGAUGAUCAUGAACUCCUAAUGCAUAAUAAUAAUAAUAAUAAUAAUAAUAAUAAUAAUAAUAAUAAUAAUAAUAAUAAUAAUAAUAGCAUAUAUAUGAUUUUGAAAUACUUUUGGUAUGCCGGAAAUAACAGAAUAAUAUGCAUUAAAAAAAAUACAGACUAAAUAUCAUUUCCUCCAAUGAUUAAUUAGCCUGUAUAUUUGGUAUCACCUCUCUGAGGUGUCCAAGCAGCGGCUCUUGACUAAUGAAACAUUGUAAAACAAAAGCAAACUAUGAUUGUGGUUUUUCUUUUCGUAUUAUUGAUACAUCUGGGGAAGCAGGAAUGUUGAGAUACAAAACGUUCCCCUCUAGUGUAGAGAACGAUCAAAAAUGGCGAAUUCAUAAAAUCACAUAGAACUUAAACGUGUUUACUUUCUCAUCAGUAUUCAUAUCGUAUAAAGCGCUUAAACCCCUUUGAGCGCCAGAGCAUGCAAUCACGACCGACAGGAAACUCAUAGGAGCCGACCUAAUGCAUGGAACGCAAUGGAUCUUAUUUAUUUGAAAUAAGUACGUUCUUACAGAACUUCGGAUACAGAACUUCGGAUACCGAGCAUUCUAUUUUAUACACUUUGAUGUUUUGUCGAGGGAAGGAGGGUUACACGUGAAGGACAGCGUAGGAUAACGUUUUCGACAAUUUGACAUUACUCUUAAACCCUGUUCACGUUUUCCCAGUAAGAUAAACUAUAUAGGUAUUACUAUUAUGUGCUAUCUUAAAAUAUAGACCUUGAUCUUUUCUCGAUUUCUUUGUGUGCCGUUGGGGGUUGUUGUAUUAGAGUAUGUGCCUCUGUAUUUUUUAUUUCCAUUGAUUAUUCAGAAUGUUGCUAGAUUUCUACGUUUUCUUUUAGCGGUUUGUAGUAUCACUAGCGUAAUGAGGGCGCCUUUAGCUAAACUAGCCUUCGUUAUUAUUAUCACUUUAUUUCAUGGUCUGCCAUGUAGGAACGCUGUCUCCAUUGUGGGGUCGGAUUGAGCAUGUCACGCCACAGAGGGACCCGAAAAAACACUUAAUUGACAGUAUUAUCAACGCGACAAAGUCCUGGGCCGCAUUUUUUUUACUAUCAUGUGUGUAGUUUUAUGUUUUUUUUUUGUUUUUGAUCAUGUUGGUGAUUGUUUUGUAUUGUUACCUGUUCUUCUGUAAUGCUGCAGUGCAACUCUCGAUGCUGGAUUCACAGUAAACUGUUUACAUGUA